AUGUACUUAACCAGCACAGUGAGAGCGCUGCCAGUACAUUUUUUCAGAUCAAGACAUUGUAUUAGAACCAUGAGUAACAUUGUUGAGAAGAAACAGUCCGAAUUCUCGAGAGCUGAGCCUUUCCGUGUGGCGGUUAUUGGCUCCGGAAAUUGGGGGACUACUGUUGCAAAAAUUAUUGCCGAGAACACCAAUGAAAGACCAGAAGAAUUCGUUAGAGAUGUCAAUAUGUGGGUCUACGAAGAAGACAUUGAAGGCCGCAAGUUGACGGAUAUUAUCAACGAGGAGCAUGAGAAUGUUAAGUACCUUCCUGGGGUAAAAUUACCCAAGAAUUUGCAUGCCACCCCAGACUUGUUGGCUGUUGCAAGCCCUGCAGAUAUUCUGGUGUUCAACGUUCCUCACCAAUUUUUAAGCCGAAUCCUACAGCAAUUGAAGGGUAAAAUUAAACCGACCGCCAGAGCCAUUUCAUGUCUAAAGGGCCUCAAUGUAGAGAAGAACUCAUGUCAACUUUUGAGCACACAAAUUGAGAACGAAUUGAACAUUCAUUGCGGAGUGUUGUCAGGAGCUAAUCUUGCACCUGAGAUAGCUAGAGAAUGCUGGUCUGAAACCACGAUUGCCUACGUUAAGCCAAAGGAUUAUCGUGGCAAGUAUGACGAUGUGACACCUUUCACGAUCAAACAUUUGUUCCACAGACCUGCUUAUUUUCAUGUGCAAGUUAUUGAGGAUAUCGCUGGUGCAUCCUUGGGUGGAGCUCUGAAGAACGUCAUUGCUCUAGCUGUUGGAUUUGUGGAUGGGCUUAAUUGGGGAGAUAAUGCUAAAGGUGCCAUCAUUAGACUGGGACUUCGUGAAAUGAUUCAUUUCGGACACACGUAUUUCCCUGGUGCUAAGAGUUACACUCUAACCUGUGAAAGUGCUGGUGCUGCCGAUCUUAUCACUUCCUGUGCAGGAGGCCGCAAUUUUAAGGUUGGAAGAGAAAUAGCUGCCACAGGAAAGCCUGCUGAGCAGGUAGAAGCAGAGCUUCUGAAUGGUCAGUCUGCCCAAGGAAUUAUUACUGCUGCGGAAGUGUAUGAAUUUCUGUCAAGCAAGGGAGACUUAAACAGCUACCCCUUACUCAUUACGGUAUAUCUGAUCUUGAAGGGGGAACGGUCAGCUGAAUGUAUUCCAGAGUACUUCAACAAGACCGAGGACGUUAAGCAUUGGGAAGACUAA